UUGCAAGAUCGGCUUCAUCCAGCACCGCCUUGCUACCAUCCUCUGAUGGUACAGCGCGCUCGGCGUCAUCCCCAGCGUGUUACCCUUUCCUGGUCCUCGCGACCGAGGCACUCGGAUCGCUGAUCAGUUCUCUCAGUGCUCCUCCUAGGACCGCUGUAUGGCCGUCUGGCCGAGCGCCUGGGACGUCGCCCAGUUCUUGGUCUUGUCACUGUGGGCAUGAUCUUGGGCCUUCUCUACAUCUAUGUUGUUUGUAGGCAGCUCGUGGUCCUUUCUUCCCACAGAAAUGACCAUGUUCAUCAUCGCCCCUCGGCUCUUGGGAGGAGGGCCCUUUAUGGCCAUCACGCUACACGCCGCCAUGGUCGCCGAUCUUUGUGACGACGACAACCAGAGCCAAGCGUUGUAUCGGAUGUUCUGCUUCAAACUGGCCGUAGAACUUGUUGCCCCUCAGCUUGCAUCACUCUUGAUAUCGCACUCCCUCUGGCUUCCCUACCUGCUCUGCGGCUUGUCCUUGGGCUUAACUCUGCCUGCGAUCAUUGCUCUUCCUGAACCUGGCCCUGAGGCAGAGCCGUUUAGCUGGUACGAGAUCAGGGAGACUCUACAGCCAGCAAACCUGGAAAGGUACAGUGGGGUGCUUCGGCGGACAGAGGUCCAGCUCGCCCUCGUCAUUACGUUUCUCGUCCAGCUCAGAUACAACUCUCUUCAGUUAUUCCCACCAUACGUCUCGGUACGAUACGGUUGGACAAUCUCACAGACUGCUAAACUCCUAUCCGUUAUACCGGGUAUCAGCCUUGCCCUGUGCCUGGCUCUGCCCCAGGCCACAAACGCCAUCCUUCGGCGGUAUGAGCCGUCCAUCACGAAGAUCGACCGUGCAGUUAUGCGUAUACUGUGCCUUGCACUGCUCGUCGGGACCGCUAUCAUUGCGGCGAUGCCAGUUAUCGGGUCUUUUAUGACGGGACUCGUUGUGUUUUCCAUCGGCUUCAACAUCCGACCACCCAUCCUCGCUAUCUUUGCUACAUAUAUUGAGAAGACGACAGGAACCGCCCGAAUGUAUACGCUCAUGUCUUUCACGGAAGGACUGGCCCAUUUGAUCGGUAGCCCGGCGUUGGAGGCAAUUUGGAGUGUAGCUGUUGAGCGGGGCCCUGCUUGGUAUACGCUACCGUUUUGGGUGCUAGCGGGGUGUUUUGCUCUGGCAGGUCUGCUAUCCGUUCUUCCCCCCGACACAACCUCACCGGUGGGCUCUUCCUUUGCUACUGAAGAUUUGAACCAUGGUGGGGAGGCAGAGGCCUUGCUGGGAAGCGACAGCAGUCGUGGAGCGCACUGAUUGAUUUGAGGAAUAACUGCCUUACAUAGGAGCAGCAUGCUGGUCCCUUGAGCGCUUGGGCUAAGUGAUGUGCUACCUCGUCCCAUUCUAUUGCUAUCAAGAUCUUUCGCCGAGGGUGGCAUCUAGUACCAGCACGAGACGGAAGGGUCUAAGCAGUGUGCCAGGACUAAGAUCAUCUGCUCCAAUACCAAACCAAGC